AUGUCAGUACCCGGCAACAUCAACACGGCGCCGCCGCCUUCUUCAUUCGACGGCAACGAGGAUUUCUACGAAGAGUCUAGACUCGCCAAAUUCAGGAGAAAGUUGCUGGAGGAACCGCUGAUUCCACUGGGAUGCGCGUUGACAUGUUGGGCUCUGUUCGAGGCUACUCGCUCGAUUAAAUCCGGUGACAGAUAUAGGACGAACCGCAUGUUCCGCCGUCGUAUCUACGCACAAGGUUUCACUCUGCUGGCCAUGAUUGCCGGAUCGGCAUACUGGGAGGGCGAUAGGAAGAAGCGCAAGCAGUACGAUGGUUUGGUGGAGGAGAAAAAGACGAAGGAGAAGCAUGAGGCAUGGUUGAGGGAGUUGGAGAUCCGUGAUGAGGAGGAGCAGGAGCUGAGGAAGAUGAGGAAUCGCUUGAUGCAGAGCAAGACUGCCGAGAGGAUGAACCUGACCGAAGCAGAGAAGAGGUCGAUCGAGAAUAAGCAGAAACAAGAGGCCGGGCAGCCGAAGGGUGGUUUUGGUGAGGUACGGAGCGUACUUGAAGACAGUGAGAGCAAAGGUCAAGGGCGAAUUUUCGCCGCCGCUCAGGAGCUAUGGCGUGGACGAAGGUAGACAGGCUGUUCAAUAGGAAUUUAACAGGAAUUCCACUUG